AUAGCAUCUCCGUGGAGCGGACCUAUUCCUCUGAACCAAUGAUUUUUCAGCUUGCGUUUCUCCUGCUCCCUAUCCGACGUAGUGAAUCCCUUCCCAGGCACCACUCGCCGACGGAACGCCUCCCUUCCUAGGCACCACUCGCCGGAGCGCAUCCCUUCCCAGCCACUGAUGGCCCUGACCCGCCAGCGCGCUUCCCUCCCCACCGUUGACGGCCCCGACCCGCCGGUGGACUGCGCUCCUCAUCGACCAGCGUGGCCAUAUUUUGCAUUUGUUCCUGUUUCAGCUUGUGAGCAACUGAUACUACUGUCCCGGCCCAUCGUUACUGGACCAAGAACUUUGAGAUGUGGUAAUUAGUUUAUGAUUUUGCAUUUGUCCCGGUUGGUGCUACUACUGUUGCCAUAGCAGGAAACGCUGCAAAACAAAAAAUAAGAGUCCCAAAAUUCAUUUUAAUCUUUAAUUUGCUCAUGAUUUUGCAUUAGCUUAUGAUUCACUAAACUGUUAUGGCCAUGCAGAAUCAAUCAUUUUUGGCUCUUUCAUGCACCACAUAUUUCAGCAGCACAGAAAGUUUAUGGGUGAAAAUGGUCAUUUGGUUCAGGCCCAAACUAAAACCAUUCAGGAUUAUUGACCAACUGAAUUCAAUUAAAAAUUCUUCAGAUAGGAACUGGUUUUUCAGGAAUGCUUCAAACAAAAAUUCGUUAAGAAAUAAUCCAUAUUUAAUCUGGGCCUUCAGUUUACUCAAUUUGUCUUUUACCACAUCAAUGAAAAAGUUCAACGAGAAAUUAAAUAAGCCAUCAGGCUUCUGAGGAACAGGAGCAGUUUGUGGAGGUAUAAACAAAAUCAACCUCCAUGAUUAAACAAAAGUUCAACGAGUAAUUAAAUAAGCGCCCGCUGGGUCGUUCGUUGCCAGAUCAUGUUUUUCAGGUCUGUCUACCUCCAUGAUUAUUAAAUUUUUUUUCGAGCGAUCCCGAUUCCAACAGGGGACACGAGAACGGCUUUCGAGGCUAGGCAUGUGGUUUGGAGGAAUAAUCUCACGUGGUACCACGCUUUGGAGGGGCACACGAGAUGCGGUCGUGCGUGCAGAUGGGUUUCACAUGGCAGCGGUUUCCUGGUCUGGGCCAGCUCGAUCACCGAGUUAAGAAGCUGACUGAAGCCACAAGCCACUGAGGCACCAAAGAAUACGCAAAGCUCUCUGCAGACCUGCAGUCUGAGCUACACUCAUUCAAAGUUUCGGCUAACAAAAACAUUUGGAGGUUGCACAGAACAACACAUCAUUUGGUCAGAUCCCAAGGUUUCUACUAUCAUGAAAGCUAGAACAGAUGCGUUUUCUUUUUUGCUUUUGUCAUGCUUAUCAAUUUCUUCCUUGGCAUCUGGUAUUUUCUUUGCUGGAUAAAUUUACUUUCCCUGCCUCUUCUUAGGGGAACUCUAUUUACAGGAGGCUGGAAACUAGUCUGUACAAGAACGAAGCAGUUAAUCUAUUCUUCUCUGAUACCAGCGCUUGGAAACAAGAAUAACAUAAAGGGUGUUGUCCCAGGGUACGAGCAAGGAAGGGACUUCAAGAAAUACGGGUGGGAUGGAAGUUGCCUUGGUAUCAACUGUAUUGAAGGUUUUGGGGACGAAGUUAGCUCCUCUUGCACUCAAAGAGUUGAGCUCUAAAGCAGGUGUGGCCAAAGAUCUUCAGGAACUCCAGGACCUAGUUGAGGAGAUCAACAAUUGGUUGCAAACAGUUGGUGAUAAAGACCGAUCAUCUAAAUGGCUCAAAAAAUUGAAAGAAGUUGCUUAUGAUGCUGAAGAUUUAGUCCAUGAGUUCCACAUCGAGGCUGAAAAACAAGACAGAGAAAUUACUGGUGGCAAGAAUACCUUGGUCAAAUACUUCAUCACAAAACCUAAAGCAACUGUGACUGAAUUUAAGAUAGCUCACAAGAUCAAGAAAAUAAAAAACAGAUUUGAUGCAAUUGUGAAAGGAAGGAGUGACUAUAGCACAAUAGCAAAUAGCAUGCCAGUGGAUUAUCCUGUUGAGCAUACAAGAAAGACAAUUGGAGAGGUGCCAUUGUAUACUAUUGUGGAUGAGACAUCAAUAUUUGGCAGGGAUCAAGCAAAGAAUCAGAUAAUAUCUAAGCUGAUAGAGACUGAUAGCCAACAAAGAAUAAAGAUAGUUUCAGUAAUUGGGCUAGGUGGCUCUGGUAAAACUACUCUCGCGAAACAAGUAUUUAAUGAUGGUAACAUUAUAAAGCAUUUUGAAGUUAUAUUGUGGGUUCAUGUGUCAAGAGAAUUUGCUGUUGAAAAGCUUGUGGCGAAGUUGUUUGAAGCCAUUGCUGGUGACAUGUCUGACCACCUCCUAUUGCAGCAUGUGAGCAGAACUAUCUCAGACAAGUUAGUUGGAAAGAGGUUCCUAGCUGUCUUGGAUGACGUUUGGACAGAGGAUCGUGUUGAGUGGGAGCGAUUCAUGGUACAUUUAAAGUGCGGUGCACCUGGAAGUAGUAUUUUACUCACUACUCGUAGUAGAAAAGUUGCAGAAGCAGUGGAUUCUAGUUAUGCAUACGACCUACCACUCUUGUCUAUGGAAGAUAGCUGGAAAGUGUUCCAACAAUGUUUUGGAAUUGCCAUGAAAGCUCUAGACCCUGAAUUCCUACAGUCCGGGAUAGAGAUUGUGGAGAAAUGCGGAGGUGUGCCCCUUGCAAUUAAAGUUAUUGCAGGCAUCCUCCAUGGAAUGAAAGGAAUUGAAGAAUGGCAGUCCAUAUGCAAUAGUAAUUUAUUAGAUGUCCAGGAUGACGAACAUAGAGUAUUUGCAUGCUUGUGGUUGAGUUUUGUUCAUUUACCGGACCAUCUAAAGCCUUGUUUUCUACACUGCUCUAUAUUUCCAAGAGGCUAUGUAAUCAACAGGUGUCAUUUGAUUUCUCAAUGGAUAGCUCAUGGCUUCGUCCCGACAAACCAAGCUCGACAAGCAGAAGAUGUUGGAAUUGGCUACUUUGAUUCCCUUCUUAAAGUGGGGUUCCUUCAAGACCAUGAUCGAGACCAAAUUUGGUCCACAAGGGGUGAAGUAACAUGCAAAAUGCAUGACCUGGUUCAUGAUCUCGCUAGACAAAUUCUACGGGAUGAAUUUGAGUCUGAGAUAGAAACAAACAAGCAAAUAAAGAGAUGCAGAUACCUAUCUUUGACUUCAUGCACUGGGAAGCUUGAUAACAAAUUAUGUGGCAAGGUCCGUGCACUCUAUGUUUGUGGCCGUGCACUCGAAUUUGACAAGACAAUGAGCAAGCAGUGUUGUGUCCGUACCAUUAUAUUGAAGUAUAUAACUGCUGACUCAUUGCCUCUGUUUGUGUCAAAAUUUGAAUACCUGGGGUAUCUUGAAAUAUCCGAUGUUAACUGUGAAGCACUACCAGAAGCUCUCUCGCGUUGUUGGAACUUGCAGGCCCUUCAUAUAUUAAAUUGCUCAAGACUUGCAGUUGUACCUGAAAGUAUCGGCAAGCUUAAGAAGCUUAGAACUCUGGAACUGAAUGGUGUUUCUAGUAUCAAGAGUUUACCACAGUCUAUUGGCGAUUGUGAUAAUCUUCGAAGAUUAUACCUAGAAGGUUGUCAUAGAUUCGAAGAUAUACCAAAUUCCUUGGGAAAAUUGGAAAAUUUAAGGAUACUUAGUAUUGUUCAUUGCUUUAGUUUUGAAAAACUUUCGCCAUCAGCAUCAUUUGGGAAGCUUUUGAACUUACAAACUAUCACCUUUAACUGUUGCUUCAAUCUCCGAAACCUACCUCAGUGCAUGACUUCUUUGAGUCAUCUAGAGAUGGUGGAUCUUGGAUAUUGUUACGAGCUUGUUGAAUUGCCUGAAGGCAUAGGGAAUUUAAGAAACCUUAAAGUUUUGAAUCUGAAGCAAUGCACACAAUUGCGUGGACUACCAGCUGGUUGUGGGCAGCUAACUCGUUUACAACAGUUGAGCUUGUUUGUUAUUGGAGACAGUGCCAAACACGCAAGGAUCUCUGAGCUUGGUAAUCUUGAUAAGUUGGAUGGUGAGCUGCAGAUUAAAAACAUUAGAUAUGUGAAAGAUCCAAGUGACACAGACAAAGUUCGUUUGAAGAAAAAGAUUGGCAUCCGGAAAUUGUCGUUGGAUUGGUAUUCAAGAUUGGAGGUUCAGCCUGAUGAUGUGGAAGAAGAGUUAUCAUUAAAUAUGGAGAAGGAAUUGCAUUUGCUCGACAGUCUUGAACCACCAUCAAAAAUUGAGAAGCUGAGAAUUCGUGGCUACCGGGGUUCACAAUUGCCACGUUGGAUGGCAAAGCAAAGUGACUCUUGUGGUCCAGCGGAUGAUACACACAUAGUAAUGCAAAGAAAUCCAUCUGAAUUCUCCCAUCUGACUGAAUUAGUACUGGACAACUUACCAAACUUGGAGCACCUUGGGGAACUUGUGGAACUGCCACUGGUAAAGAUCCUUAAGCUCAAAAGACUGCCAAAGUUGGUAGAGCUGCUUACGACCACAACGGGGGAGGAAGGAGUGGAAGUGCUAUGUCGUUUCCAUCACGUUUCCACUCUAGUAAUAAUUGAUUGCCGGAAACUUGUUGUGAAGCCGUACUUUCCUCCGUCCUUGCAGAGAUUGACACUAGAAGGAAACAAUAUGCAGUUGGUUUCUUCAGGAUGCUUCUUCCAUCCACGUCAUCAUCAUGCAUCUCAUGCUCAUGGUGACGAGUCUUCAUCUUCCUCCUAUUUUGCGGAUGAGACGGGUACUCACCUCGAGAGACUUGAACUUCGUCGGUUGACAGGAUCAUCAUCUGGUUGGGAGGUGCUGCAGCAUCUCACUGGGCUUCAUACCCUAGAAAUAUACAUGUGCACAGACCUUACACAUUUACCUGAGAGCAUCCACUGCCCCACCACUCUCUGUAGACUGAUGAUAAGAAGUUGUGAUAAUCUUCGUGUGCUGCCUGACUGGCUUGUGGAACUGAAAUCUCUACAGAGUCUGGACAUAGACUCAUGUGAUGCUCUCCAGCAGCUUCCUGAACAAAUAGGAGAACUCUGCUCACUCCAGCACCUCCAAAUAAUUUCUAUGCCUUUCCUGACUUGCCUUCCCGAGAGCAUGCAGCACCUCACCUCGCUUCGAAUUCUCAACUUGUGUGAAUGUAACGCGCUGACCCAUCUUCCGGAGUGGCUAGGCGAACUCUCUGCGCUUAAAAAACUCUUGAUCCAGAGCUGCCGUGGCCUUACAUCUUUGCCCCGCUCCAUACAAUGCCUUACUGCUCUCGAGGAAUUAUAUAUAAGCGGCAACCCCAAACUGCUUCAGAUCAGUGCAUCAUAUUCUAAGGAAGACAAGGAUGGCCAGGCUCCGACGACAUUCAGAUCACAUGGCUUGACAGGCCUGACGACCAGCAUUGCAGUGAGGCCCAAGAGUUCGAUCUGGUCCGGAACAUGCUCAUCGUCGCAGUAGAAGAACGCUACAAGGAUGCUGCUCAAUACAGAGGCCAACAUUCCAUGUUGCGGUCAAAGAAAAAGAACGCGAUAUAGCAGGCCCAGGCCGUUAUUAUGUACAUCCACAUGUGUGCCAAGUUCAACUUGUUAGGUAAACGUCUAAGAAAACACCAUGUAAAUAUGGAGGCCUUUUUUUUGCUGAAGCGCAUGAAGCUUCGGCAAACAUCUAAAGAACACCAUGCAAAUGGCUGUGGUGUCCUGCGAUUGGUCUACGCGAUGUACAUGUGCGCAAGCUGCUUUGAAGAGAAUUUAACCACCUUGAAUUUUAGGUACCCAUACAGUUCGCUCAUGUAUUGAUCUGGCGCAAGCUUCGAUGAACAUUUUUUGGUUUCAUGUGGUUGAUAUGUUGCUUGAGCCUUGUCAGCUUGACGAUUUUUUGGUUUAA